GGCGUGGCCAGAACCCAGCUGCUCCCGCGGCUGCGCUCCUGGAGCCCACGGAUCCCGGAGGGCUGCGCGCCUAGGAGGGCGGGAUGGCGCUCGCGCGGUCCCCGGCAGAGACUUUAUGGAGGAGCUGCAACCUGGUCAUGGCCGCAUUCUUCGGGCUGGCGGCCUACGUGCAGAUAAAUGACCCAGAUGCAGAACUGUGGAUGGUUAUAUACAUGAUACCUGCUAUCCUUACACUACUUGUUGGACUUAAUCCUCUGAUCACAGGUAAUUUUAUCUGGAAGAAACUUACCAAGCUGCACUUAAUCCUUUGUGCUCUGGGAACUAUUAACUUGGGCUUCAACCUCUUCCCUCAUACAGAAGGGAACCUCUUACAUGAGGAGGAAGGCAGGGAGCUGUUUGGACUUGGGAUUAUUAUAGUAUGGCUGAGUCUUUGCCACAUCUCAACAAAAAAUCCAGUUGGUAGAAGAGUUCAGUUGGUUGUUGCCACUGCUAUUUCUCUUUGCCCAUUUAUCACGUGGUUCUACAUACAUAUAAACGAAGAGAUGCGAUCCACUUGGCCGACACAUUGCAAGACAGCCAUUUAAAUGAAUUUUACCAUCCUUUUUAUAAGUCUUAUCACAUUAAAUUUGAUUACAAUCUAGUCAAUUUAAGUACUUCAUAUGAUUUAAGAUAUACUAAUAAUAUUAAUGAAGGGUUUUGACCCAGGAGCUCUUUAAGAUUGACUGAGUUAGACCGACAGUCUAAGACUAGAUAGAAAUGAGAAGACAUUGGAAGCCUUUUCUAAAAGCGAAAGUGCUAUGAGGUAGUAGAAAGAAUGUUGAACUGAGUCAUGGGGUUUGACUGCUACUCUGAAAUAUUAUAACUUACUGUGAGACAAGUCAUUUAUCUUCUCUGGGCCUAUUUCUUCAUUUUUUAAAAUGACAAAAACAUUACAUGUACUAUUCACAAAGUUGUGAAGAAAGCUCUUUGUAAACACCUUUGUAAGCACCUUAAAACACAGGCUGUGUUACAUGGGCAGCUGGUCAACUUCUUAUUUCCUCAUCAGAAAAAGGAAGUAUCUCCCCUACCUACCUCAUAAAAUUAUUUUGUUGAUUAAACAAGCUAACAUUUUAUACUCAAAAGUAUAAAGGCACUCUACAAACUCAGGGUAGCAUUAUUAUUACCUGGGUUGUAAAAUUUAAAAAGAACAUGUUUGGUUCUUUUUUACUAUCAAGAGAGAAAAUAUAGGGCCUUAUACAUAGAUUCCCAGGAAAUCAUUUGCUGAGUGAACAUGAAAAGAUGUUUUCUGUAAUUUUUAACAGAAUUGCACAUAGAGAAAAAGAAAAUGAUUAAAUUGAUAGCUAGACAAAUUUCAUUAGCAAGUUGCCUUAUGAAGCAACAAACUGCAUUCUAUAAGAGGUUAUGAGUAAUCAAAUACUCAUUGAUCUUUUAAUAAAAUUGUGACAUCGAUGGCUGUGAUAGUCGUAUGAACAGCACUUACUUCAUACACAUCUGAUUUUGUUUGUCACAUCUGACAUGAAAAACAGCCUUAUGCAAACUGGCAAAUAGAAUUUGACCAAACAAUGAAAUUACCUUUUAAAGCUUACUUUAUGUAUGAAAGAGAGUAAGGCUUUUUUAGUUUCUAAAUUUUUCUGCUUUAACUCAAAGUGUUCUUUUUAAAAAGCCUCAAUUGAAUGGUUCUUUGCCCGGGGACAGGUCUCAUUUGCCAAAUUGUAAAUAGGUUAAUUUCAGCCUUCUUAAUAUGUGCCAGUUUGCCUCAAACACUCACCAUUUUUCUAAGGAGGGUGUAAUAGUGAAUAGAAAAUUCACUUCUACAGUGGGGACAGUAUAUGCAAGGUAUAGUCCUGUACCCUGGGAUACAGAGGUGAAAAAAUAUAUACAGUCCCUACCCUCAAGGUACUUAGAACAUGAUAAACAACAUGAUGUAGUGGAAAGAGCACUGAAGUUGGAAUCAGAAGUCCUGGGUUCAAGUCAGUUAAGAAAACAGGGUCAGACAGGUUAUCUGCAGGAUGGAAAUAAUAGGAUAAUAGAUUUAGAGUUGGAAAACAUGUUAAGAUAUGAUCUAGUCUGAUUUUAUUAGGGAGACUGAGGCCCAGAGAAAUUAAGUGACUUGCUCAAAGCCCACAGAAGUAGCAGAGCUAAAUUCCAACCCAGAUCCUCAACUACCAAUCCAGCACUUUCCACUACCCCAAGCCUCAGGUUUUAUGGAAGUGUUUUGCAAAAUUGAAAGCUGAGUUUUGAAGCAGUAGUCAAAACUAUUGUAUAUUUUGGAUAGUGUUACCAUGGGUGCAAUAGAGGUGGUAACAGCUGAACCACUUGGCCAAGGACUCUGCCAGAUCUUCAGUUACAGCUGAACCCACCAGGCAGGUGUCUCUGCUUCUUCAUGUUCUGUGUAGACUGGUCUGGGAUAAGGCUGGCCAGGUUCUUUGUCUUUUGGAGCUACACUUCACCCUGGCAGAGGAGAUACUGCAUUCUUUUGACCUAUCGACUACAACAUAGUUUUAUGGAUGGUGGAACACUAGAGGGAAUGGGACCACAACCAUGGAUAGACAGAUACUCUGGAGAUGAACCUUAAAAUCUUAUGCUUUGGCUUUCUGCUUUUUCAAAAUGGUAAACAUUUCACUAUUAUUUUUAACAUUUAUGUAAAGUCAAUUUUUCUGCUGUAGCUGUUAUAAAAACAAAAUAUCAAACUUGAUUAAUAGUUUCCCCCUCUUUUGCUUAUUUUCAGUCUUUCCCUGUCUACUGGCCACUUCCCUACUGCCUAAAAACAUGCCUAUAUCUCCUUCAUCCUUACUUGUUUCAUUUAUCCCUACUACCAAUUUGCCCAUAUCCCUCCUGCCUUUUGUGGCUAAAUUCCUUGAGAAAGCCAUCUACAAGAGAUGCCACUUUCCUUUCCUCUCACCCUCUUUCUUCUCAACUCUACAAUCUGAUUCCAACCUCAUCAUUCAACCAAAACUGCAACAUCUUAAUUGCUAAAUCUGAAGAUUUUUAUUAGCCCUUAUCUUGGAGAUAUUUAAAAAAUGUCUGACUGACUGACUAGCUGGCAGGCAAAUAAUUAGAUUUAGCAAUAUCAUCAACGACAUGCCAUGUUUUAGGAAACUUUGCACCAAAAAAAUGAGCCUAUUCUUCACAACAAUGAUACCUCAACAGAAUGUUACCUUGAUAGCAAGAGACUUUAGUUUUGUCAUUAUUUUCCCAGUGUGUAAUACAGUACCUAACAUAGGUGCUUAAUGCUUGCUGAUUUAUGAUUAUUUUAAUAAAUAAUAAGCGUGAA